AACUUUUCCCCCAGCUGCUUCUAGGUUUUGAGUAGAGAAGCAAAUUUAGCUGCGCAGAAAUGGCAAGAAUUAAGGUUCAUGAACUCAGGGCCAAGUCCAAGGCAGGUUUAUUGAACCAGUUGAAAGAUCUCAAAGCUGAGCUCGCUUUACUUCGUGUUGCUAAGGUCACUGGUGGUGCCCCUAACAAGCUCUCCAAGAUUAAAGUGGCGAGGUUAUCGAUUGCUCAAGUAUUGACAGUUAUAUCUCAGAAGCAGAAAUUAGCACUUAGGGAUGCUUACAAGAACAAGAAGUUUUUGCCACUUGAUCUUCGUCCUAAGAAAACUAGAGCUAUCCGUAGGCGUCUAACUAAGAACCAGGUAUCAUUGAAGACAGAACGCGAGAAGAAGAAGAAAAUGUACUUCCCUGUGAGGAAGUAUGCCAUUAAGGUGUAGGAUAUUAUUUAUAUUUUUGCAGAAUAGUAGUUUGUUGACUUUUUUAUUGCAGUACCAGACCCUUCGACUUGUUUUGUUCUAAGCACAUUUAAAAUAGAUAAUCUGCAAUUUUAUUGAGCGUUUCAACUUGUUUUGCAGUA